CGGAUUACAAAAACCCCUGGUAACCGAUCCUCGCAGCAGAGAGAAGAAAACGCUCUUUCAAUAAUUUACACAUCAGUACCUGAUACACAACACGGUACAGCUGUGUGAAGGAAAGAGAAGAGUGUAUUGAGAGCGGAGAUAUAGGAGGAAACCCCCCCCCAAAACAAAACAAUCAACAACACGUUUUGACGCGAUCUGUCGUUGACAUGAUGAAGACUGUGGACUGUGUCUAGAUAGACUUGUAAACUUGUUCCCACUCCCAACAACUCACAACCCGCAUCCGGUUGGAAGAAAACGAAAGACCUGAACAUGGACUCCUUCAGCACCAAGAGCUUAGCCAUGCAGGCACAGAAGAAGCUGAUGAGCAAGAUGGCCACCAAGAGUGUGGCCAACCUUUUCAUCGACGACACCAGCAGUGAGGUGCUGGAUGAGCUUUAUCGCGUCACCAAGGAAUAUACCCGCAACCGCAAAGAGUCCCAGAAAAUCAUCAAGAACCUCAUCAAGAUGGUGGUGAAGCUUGGGGUCCUCUACAGGAACAACCAGUUCAAUGGGGAGGAGCUGGUCCUGGUCGAGAGCUUCAGGAAGAAGGUCCACAAUCUGGCCAUGACAGCAGUGAGUUUCCACCAGAUAGAGUUCACCUUUGACCGCCGUGUCAUGAGCGCCAUUUUGAACGAGUGCCGUGAACUGCUCCAUCAGGCCAUCAACCGCCAUUUGACAGCCAAGAGCCACUCGCGUGUCAAUCACGUCUUCAACCACUUCGCCGACUGUGACUUCUUGGUGGCUCUCUACGGGCCCACCGAGGUUUACCGUGCCCACCUGCAGAGGAUCAUUGAUGGAGUCAACAAGAUGCUGGAUGACGGGAAUCUUUGACCUCUGACCUUUCAUCUGUUGGCCUGCCCUUGGCUUUGCCACCAGGCACCUUUUGCCUUUAGUUGCCCAUCAUACCUCCCAUUAUGGCUUUCCCCUCCCUUUUUUAUUUUAAAAAGACAAACAACAUGGACAUCUUUUUGUUGUACAUUUGUACUUUAUUGGCAAUUGUGGGUUUGUUUUGGUUUUUUGUUUUUUGUUUUUUUCGUGUGUGUGUGUGCAUAACUGACUCAUCUAUAACACUGAAAUCCUCCUGGCUAGUUAGUCCAAAGUCUGUUUCUCCUUUAAACCUUCUCUUUUUUUAUUUAACUGUAUACAAAAAUUACAGGAUCUUUUUUCAAGUGAAUGUAGAGCUUCAUGCCCUUAUCGGUAGUUUCUGGAGACGAAACCUUGACAGCUGUGCCUGGAAACUGUGUUUUUCACUUUUUAGUCCAAGGGCACUGCACUUGCUCUCUUACUUAAUCAAAAAGGCAUGAGUCCAGCCACAGGCCUUCAGUCAUAUCACCAUUAGGUUCCUCUAAUGGAUGCGAGUGGUUUGGGGAUCACCAGAAGAGGAAAUAAAACGAAUUUCCAUCUUUCAAAAUCUACCCAAGGACAUAAAGAAGGGAUUGUGAUGCUAAAAGCAGUAAUGCACUCAAUACUGAACAAGCGCUGUACUGUCUCGCAAUAAUGAAACCAUGUUAGCCAUAGCAGUCGAAUAAUCCUGCUUAGCUCUGCAUUUGUAAAUCUCGCCCUCAUGCACUGAGCACACCGACGUACACAUAGCCUAUAGAGGCCAGUGUUCUGAUGUGAACACAACAUACCACAAACCUAGUUUUCUCUGUAAUAGUUUUUGUUUUAUGACCUCCAUAACAAAGGCAGACUAUUUGGGUCAUGGGGGGGCCGUAAACGUGAAGGAAUUUGAUUGUGCUGUGUAUCAUGAUUGUCUCCAUGCUGACUCAGAAGUCUCAACGGCUGUAACCUCAUCAGAGCUUUUUCUGAAACCGCCACAAAGAUCAACUUCAACUAUUUGUGUCUAUAAUUGUCUCAUAAUCACUGCAGGGAAUGGAUGUGCUGAGGCACCCUGUACAAAAGGUUGCCACAGAAUUUUAUAGGGCAGCAGCGGCGGUGGUGGUGGUGGAGUACAUCCAGGAGGGAUGGAUGUCAUAACAGAUGUGAGUUAGGGUUUCAGCUGGGGUCAGUUGCGUUUUAGAUUUAUCAGCCUUGCCUCUGGUUUAACUGAAAAGGACUAAAACUCUGGCACAAAUUCUGAUAGAUCUGAACUAAAAAGACUCCCCGUGAGCCACCAGAUGAAAUGCUGGAUGGGAACACUGGUGGAGGGGUUGGAUGCAGAAAGGAGAGCUUUAUCAUUCUGUUUUGGACAGAUCAUAGCAAUGCAGCUCUGUGCCUCUGACAAGGGCCAGGCGGGCACAGUAUAGAGAUUAGAGCAGAGACAAAAACAGUACCUGAUUGUACUCGUGCUUGGCAAUUAUAGCUUGCCAUUCGGGGCCGGUGAUGGCCCCAGCCCUGUCUCUGUCGAGCCGCCAGUCCACUCCAUUUCUACACACAGCAGCCCCGCGUUAUGGGAUGGAGAUAACUAUCUCUGUCUGUGGGAUGCAAGUCCUUUAAUGGACUGAAGUAUGAAGGAUAUUGUGUCUCUCAUGAAGAAUAUGGAUUGUUACUAUUAUCCCACCUACCCUCCAUAUAAUAGGUGCCCCUUCUUUUUGUCUAUGUAUUUUUCCAUCACUGAGUCUGUCUGGGAGAUUGUUUUGAGCUGCGGCCUCAUUUGGUAUUCUGUGUGUGUGUGUGUGUGUGUGUGUGUGUGUGUGUGUGUGUGUGUGUGUGUGUGUGUUCGCACAUGCACGUGUGUGUACAUGCACACGUGCAUGUGUACCUGUGAGAGAAUUGGAAAUGGAGCUGCGUAAUAAGCACUGUGCUUUUCCAGGCACAAUCGCGGAAACUAAAACUUUAUCCACAGCAGCUCUGCCAAAGACGAGGAGGACUGAUGUUUUUCUCAGCAAUCCUGAACACAAUCUGACCAAAUUGAGGCGUAUUGCUGCACGAGAUAAUUGCGACCAGAGUGACUGAUGGAUGUUGUUGGUUCAGAAUUUAGUCCUCUUUUAAAUCACCCUGUAAUUCUCUCUAGUUGUCCCUCGCUUGAUUUCCUGUUUUGUUUGAACCAGUUGACUUUGGCUUUGACAUUGUGAGAGGCUUAGAUGUGAACGCUUUUACCCAAUUCCCUGAAACGGUUUAAUUUAAAUGUGUUUCAAAUGUGAUUCUCUGCAAUUUUCCCCCACGACUCAGGGCUAGUUCAAAUCUGCCGUGGCUAAAAUCCAUGAAAACACCAUGAUGGAAAGAUUAGAAACCUCCACAACAGCGCCUCUUACUUUACUUAAGCUCUCCAAAGCAGCAUACUUUUUCAUUUUUGCAUUUUUACCAUAUUGAUUGUGAUACAGUAUAUAUUUUUAUUUCCAUUCAUGUACAUAUGAUUGUUUUUUGUGUACUUUAAAUUGUGUAUCAACGUGACAAUUAUAAUACAGUUUACUCUAUUUAAAUGAUUA